AUGACGACGACAGUGUGCUAUCCCGCCAACGGCGGGAACCAACGCACCUCCCCGCCAGGACUCGCGCCAUACGACGAGACUUCGUCGUCGUCGUCGUCGUCGUCGUUGUCGUUACCCUCGUCUCCCGCCAGUGAGCACCAUCAGCGAUCCCCGACCGGCCUCUUUGGAGUCCAGACCCACGGCGUCGAGGAGACGGAGGCGCUCGCAAAAGGAGCGACGGGAAGGAAGCGAACCCGCGCGUCUGGCCGCGGGCGGUUCCCUCUGCUCGGGGGCGGCGGCCGGGGGAAGAGGAGGCGGCUCCGCAGCAGCAGCGGCGGCGGCGGCGGCGAAUCCUCGAUCAUAAAGACCACCGAUAUCACUACGACCACCUCCGGCCGUGCAAAGGUGCGUCCCUUAAAGAACGACAUGACGGGGCGAGAGAGGCCGAAGACGUCGAGGAGGAACCCGGCGGAGACGGAGAAGGUCCCUCGCUUGCCGCACCUGUGUUUCCCGGAGUUUGGGCUGAUGAUGAAAGAAGCUGGGAUUUCGGCCACGAUCGAAGGUAGUGCCUCCACGUCUGUCCAUGAGGAGGAUAUAGGCGUGGAAGCGUCCUCGAACGAGAGUGUUUUGUCCAAGGACAGGUCUCCGGGCUGCCUGCUCGGUCUUCGUGACAACGACGACACCGGAAGCCAGGAAGGCCCCAAGAAACCGACAAAAGACGGGCUGGGAAUCCACCGACCCGCAUCUGUUGACUUUGAAGGCCGGCGGAUGGACGAGGAGGAAGAAGCUCCCCACGGGGUGAGCUACGAUAUCCCUCGCCCUACCACCGGCCUGGGCUGGUACGAAGAUGACGCGUCCUCUGUGAAAUCCACCGUCGACCACUUCGACUCACAGUCGAGCGUGCGAGACUCUGACGGAUCGGCGGAAAGCAUCGCACUGGAUUCGCAACCCCUUGCUGUGCAUCAGGACCCUUUGCGAUGCAGUCCGUUUAUCCGCUGCUGCUCUCAAGCGUCGUCUUUGCCCGAGGUAGGGGGAACCCCGACAACAGAAAGCAAGCACAACAAGCUGAGCCCAUCUAUGAGUACCGUCAUGAAGAACACGAGUAGCUUCCUUCGGUUCAGCACGGACGAUGAUGACGAUGAUGACGACGACUGGCUGGGACCACGGCCCGUGGAAUCUGGUUCAGUCUCACAUCAACACAUCGAAUACUCCCCCGCUCACGCAGAACCCUCCUCUAACUCCAUCAUGGAAGACUCAAAUACUGUCUCCCCUAUAUCACACAAACCUUUUUCAAUCUCAGAGGAAGAGCAAGAGAUCGACGACAUAAUCGACAUCUACGCGACCUCCCCUGACCGUACGCCCGUCCAAUACAGCGGCGACCUGCCCCCUUAUCCCCCAUACCACCAUUACGCCUCCGACCCCCUCCGCACGAUCGCUCGCGGUCUCUCUCUACCUCCCACAACCUCCUUCGCCGACCUCCAGGAGUACCUCGCCCGCAACGCAAACAUCCUCCGCUACCUCGUCCUCCACUGCAUCCCCUCCCCCUCCAUCAACCCCAUCGAGUACGUCACCGACCUCGUGGAGCCGAUCCUCCCGCUCCCUCUCCCACCGCACCCCUCCAUCGCCCAGAACUACCCCCCGCACCCGCGGCGGCGCGAGUACACCGGCCUCCUGCAGGCGGUCCGCUCGGUCCAGUGGUCCGCCGACGUCAUCAACGACAUGCUUGCCGUCGUCGACUCGGACCCGUCGCCGCCGGGGAGCCGCGGACGCCGCUCGACGGCGCUGCCCAUGUUCCGCAAGCUCCGCGCCGCGGACGCGCAGCGGAAGGGGCACCUCACGUCCGCGCAACUGCACAGGCUGCACCGCCACGGGGUGUCUCUGCUCGACGUGCUGCAGAUGAACGACGUCCCCAAGGUCGUCGCCCGCGGGCUGAGCGAGCGGCUCAUGGAGGCGGCGGAGAGCGGGGUGUUGGAGAUCGCGAAGGAGGGUAACCUGCUCGACGAGGAGGGCGCUCUCCUGGAGCUGCUGGUAGACCCGGGCGAUACCGUUCCGACGAGCCCCAGGGGCGAGAGGAGGGGCAGGCGUCGAGAAGGGAGCGGGCUGAGGAACUGUGUUGGCGCCGACGAGGAUGACGGAGAGACGACGGACGACGAGAAUGAGUACUACGAAGCGGGGACGGCUGUUGAAUCGCUUUUCGAACACGCGGACGACGGGCGCAACGUCGACGACAUGUGGUACACCGUGAGCCCCCUGUCUCCCGACGCGAACCCCGACGAGCAUGGCUGGAACCACGACGACGUCUCCCCGCUGACGACGUCCUGCCGCCUCCAGGAGCUCGAGGCUCUAUUCCACGAAGUCCGGGUCCUGUCUUCCGAGAAAACUCGUCCGGCCGACGGGACGACCCCCGAGCCGCCACGCAAGGCGAUCAGGAGGACGCGCGUGCUCCGGACGUGCGGCGACAGGGGCGGCGUCCUGGUCGACGAGGAGACGGCCAAGAGCCCCGAGAUGCAGCGCUUCUUCCACGUGAUCGGGGCGCCGCCGCCGCCGGCGGACCCGGACUCUCGGCUUGCCAAGGGGGGCAGGAGGAGCUGGGGCGUGGAUCUCGGGGGAAUAUUGAGCGCUUAG